AUGAUCCGAACGCGUGACACAGAUCUAACCACCGAUCAGGUGCAGGUAAUUCGGCACACAUUUAAUACGUUCGAUCCGCAACAUAAAAGUUACCUACCCUACGAUACGGUAGCUUAUAUGGUUAGAAUCAUGAGGGUUGCCACGGGUAAAGAUCUACAGUCUAUCGUCGCUAACGCGGACACCAACGGUGACCACCGCAUACAGUUCGACGAGUUCCUGGUGUUGGCCGAGCGGUUCCUGACAGAGGAGGGCCCUGAGGUUGUGGCACAGGAUUUGCUCCAAGCGUUUGAUACGUACGACACGGACUCAGACGGCAUGAUUAAUGAUGCGGAUAUGAAAGAUAUUUUACGGGCAAUGGAUAAUGAGUUGACCGCCGAUGAGUUGGACCACUUGGUCGACCACUUUGACAAAGACGGUUCCGGUAGUGUCCACUUUGACGGUUAG